UUCCAGCACCCAUCGCACGCCGACUUCCCGCGUUUCCCUCUAUUUAUAUGAUGCACCGCCCUCGGAAGCUUCUCUCACCCCUCGCCUCUCCUUCCUCUCUACCUCUCUUAGAUCGCUUGCUGUUGUCCACGUGCAGACGCCAUGGAGGGAGGGAUGGCCGCGCACCGCCAGCUGCCGACGCCGGCCCCGACCCUUGGCCGGCCGUCGCCGUCCUUCCGGCUGCGCACCGAGAGCCUCAACACCUUGCGCCUCCGCCGCGUCUUCGACCUGUUCGACCGCAACGGCGACGGGGAGAUCACCGUGGAGGAGAUUGCGCUCGCCCUCGACCGCCUCGGCCUCGCCGCCGACCCCGCGGAGCUCAGUUCCACCGUCGCCGCCUACAUCCCUCCCGGCCGCGCCGGCCUCGCCUUCGACGACUUCGAGGCGCUCCACCGCGCCCUCGGCGACGCCCUCUUCGGCGCUCCCGACGCAACAGGCGAGGAGGAGGAAGCGGCCGAGGAGGAGGACAUGAGGGAGGCCUUCCAGGUGUUCGACGAGGACGGCGACGGCUUCAUCUCGGCGGCGGAGCUGCAGGCGGUGCUCUCCAAGCUGGGGCUGCUGGAGGGCCAGAGCAUCGCGCGUGUCCGAGAGAUGAUCUGCUCCGUCGACCAGAACUCCGACGGCCAGGUCGACUUCGGCGAGUUCAAGCACAUGAUGCAGGGCAUCACCGUCUGGAGAGCCUGAUCAACGGCCCAUGAUGCACUUCCUUUUUCUGGUUGCUUUCCCUUUCCCUUUCAAUUUUUUUCUCUUCGCCCCUCACCGCUUUUAAAUGCUGCUGAUGUUGCUCGCAUCACAUCAAGGACGCGUGGAGGUCUAAUAGCCGUAGAUUUCUAGAGCCAAGUUUGAACGCACCUUUUUCUUAUCCUCUCAUAAUUUGUCUUUGAAUGGUGUGUCGGGCGACCGAUUGAUUUGA